AUCGUUGGUGAUGGCACAAAAAUGGGAUGGGACUAAAUUCCACCAAUCCAGAUGUGGUAGGCAGGAGCAUGCUGUUGUCCUUCACUCUGAAACCAUGGCCAAGGACAUGACUCUGCUGUGGGGCGCCGGCUCUACUCCCUGUUGGAGGGUCCAGAUCAUGCUGGAGGAGAAGCAGCUGCAGGGCUACAACCAAAAACUGCUCUCCUUUGAGAAAAUGGAGCAAAAAUCUCAGGAAGUCCUGGACAUAAACCCCAGAGGUCAGCUUCCUUCCUUCAAAUGUGGGAAACAUAUCCUGAAUGAGUCCUACGCUGCCUGCUUUUUCCUGGAGAACCAGUACAAGUCCCAGGGAACCAAACUGAUCCCCGACUCUUCCGAUGUACAAGCAGUGAUGUACCAGCGCAUGUUUGAGGCUGUAACACUCGACCAGAAAAUGACGGAUGUUAUCUACUACAACUACUUGGUCCCAGAAGGGGAGAGACACGACUCUGCUAUUCAGAGAAACAGGGAGGCUUUGAGAGCUGAGCUCAAGCUGUGGGAGGGAUACCUGAAUAAAACGGACUGUUGCUUGGCUGGGAAAGAAUUCACACUGGCUGAUGUGCUUGUUUUUCCAGACGUGGCUUAUCUAUUCUAUUGUGGAUUAAGUACUGAACGUUACCCUGCACUGGCAAAAUACUACAACUCUCUGAAGGACAGAUCCAGCAUCAAAGCCUCCUGGCCUCCUUACUGGUUUAGUCUCAUUGACAAGGAAGUGCUGAAAACUGUCUGAGAUCCAAAUCCUCCUCAGUGGACACACUAACUGUUUCUGUUGUGAUUCGUUAUGUAACCACUCCUUGCAUUGCACAAUUUUUUUUUACAAAUUACACUUUGCUUCUGCUAUGAAGAGCAAUUUUCUACCAUCAUUUAAUGGUGAUUUUUAAAUGCAAAUGAUUCUUAUUGUGUUGUGAACAAAAGCAAUAAAAAAGAGAAUUUCAA